AUGAAUUUUGGGUACUAAUUCUAAAAUAGAUAGUUAAUUCUAGACAUUCAAAAAAUCUCAAGAUUUGAUAAGAAUUUUAAAACAUAAUACUCCAGCCUUAAAAGAAUUAUUAAAGAGAGAUGAUUUCUUAAAUGACUUGAAAGCUAGUGCAAUGCAUACAUUUAUUGAAUAGUUAUUGUUAUUACUAAUAUCAAAUCAGUAUUUUAAAAUAAAAGGAUUUGAUAGAAGAGAUGAUAGGUUUAAUCAAAAGGAUUUAUUUUAUUGAAUAUAUUAUUUAAUAAUUAAAUAUUAUAUGAUAUUUAAUAAAUUAAAUAUAGUACUGUUAACAUCUAAUAAAAAUCAAAACAAUUAUCCUUUUAUAAUAAGUGAAAUAUUUGAACAUUCAACAUUAAUAGAACAUAUAUUUGCUGGAAGAUAACCAAAAUUAGCAAGAAUAGAGAGAAAAGUAAAAGAUGUAAGUUACGUAGACAACUCUUGAGUAAUAUCUGUCAGCCAAUUAAGAUACAAUAGAUAAUUAAGAAGAAGAUCAAGAAAGUCAAAGUUCAAGUAAUAUAAAAAUUAUAUAAAUAUAUAUUUUAGUUAAAUUUCUACCUGAUACAACUGAUAUUCUAGGCGAUUAAGACGCUUUUUAUUUAAUUCAAAAAUUGUUCUCUUUUCUAAAAUUUUCUAAUGUAAAUGAGACUUAAAUUGGAUAUUUUGGAAAAGCCUUAAAUAUUAUAUCUAAACAUUAUUGUAUCGAAGUAAUAUUACUUUAAUUAUAAUUAAAGUUUUGGAAUUUCUCUAAGAUUUGUGGAUCUAUUAUUAGUGAUAUAAAUAGUCAUUUGAAAUUCAAAUAAAUUCAAGAAUUCUUUGCAAAAGUAAUAAUAAUGGUUCAUCCUUCAAAAAAGAAUUUUAAUCAUCAUUUUAAAUAAAGAAAAAAAUUAGUUUAAGGUCUCUUUGAAUGUAUGUUAGAAUGGGAAGAUAAUUUAAUUGUAAUUUUUAAUAUUCAAUUUAAUAUCAGUUCCUUGAAAGUGUCUCUAAAUUUUUGAAUUGUAUAUUUCAAUUUGGCAGUCAUUUAUAUGAAUAUAUUAAUGAAAUGAUAGAUCUUAUUAUAAAACCUGUGUUUUAUUUUGAAAUAGCUGUAAUUAAAUUAUAUAAUAAUAAUAUAUAGUACAAAUCAAAAGAACCUGCUGUUAAUAAAUUAUAUUACAAUUCAAUUUGUUUCUUAGGAAUACUCAAUACUUCAUUACUCACAUAAUAGAAUGUAUAAUUAUAUCAACCUAUGGAGAAUGUUUUAAAAUAAAUGAUUAAAUUAAAUACUCAAAUUCCAUCCUUUUAAUAAGACAUUUAAUCAAAUCUGGCUAAUAUGUAAUUAUUCUUAAAUUAUUAAUAUGAAAAAUACUAAUAUCUAUUUGGAAAUAAUAAUCUUAUUAUUAUUAAAUCAAUAGAUGUUAUCAUAAGAUCCAAUAAUUAAGAAUUGAUAGACCUAUUAUUUGAUUAUAAAAUCUUUGAUUAUUUAUUGGUUUAUAUUUAUAUUUAUUCAUUUAAUAGCAUUAAACAUCAUUAUUUCAUUUAAAUAAUUAAUUACAUAAUGCUGUACUUUCCAUUUUCAAUUAUCUCAUUAUAUAAGAUAUUCAAAGAAUAAUUAAUUAAACUUAGAUCCUAGAGUAUUUGAAUACAAAUAUAGUUUUAUCUAAAAAGUAUUAAUUCAUAUUUUAUUAGAGCAAUUCAAAAUUAGGUUAUAUAGGUUGUUUAAAAAAGAUAGGUUAUCUACUUCUAUCAUACUUAGAAAAUUUUGAAUAGUAUUAGUCAUUAAAGAUUUAACUGCUUGAAUUUAAACAUUAAGAGGACUCUUUCCUUUUAAAUAUUAACCCUAAGGAUUGUAAAGAGAUUGAACCAAUUCAAUUGAGUAUUGACAGAUAAAUUGAAAUGUUGCUUGAUUAAAAGGAUAAUAAUAAUAAUUAAAAUUAAGACAUAUAUCCCUAAUGA